UCCCCCCACCCCACGUUCAUAUGUAGUGGAUUGACCCCACGGAACCAUGAGACAGAACGGUCAUCAUCUCACGCUCGCGAGAGCCUCGCUGGAGCAUUGUUGCCCUACUCCAGUGUAGCCUUCCCAAAGGGGCAGUUCAGAUCAAGUGACAGAGGAACCACCGCAGCAGAACCUUCCAGAGCCACCAUCUAUUCCUACUCUCAGAAACAAGUCCAGGAGGGCUGUAAGGAUGCCAGCCAGGUACAGACAGGAGCAGACCUUCCAACCACGAUGGAGAAUAACCCUCAAGAAAAGAUCCAGCAAAAGUACGAGACAUUGUCACUGAUCCAGAAAGGAGCCAAUGGAAAAGUCUAUGGCGGGAUCAGAAAAAUGGAUGGCUUCAUGGUUUUGCUCAUGCAGCAAAGCGGACAAAUGAAAGGAAUUAUUUCACUUUACGACUGGUACAGUCUGGACCAAGAGAUUGUCCUGGUGCUGGAGAGGCCAGUGCCCUGCAUGGACCUCUUUGAGUUCAUCCAUGGAAUUGGCCAAAUGGACGAAGCACAAGCUAAGGUUUGUUUCACCACUGCCACAAUCACACUCAGAGGCACUUUAGAGUGUCUAAUUAAUGUUGUAUGUUUUUGGAAUGUGGGAGGAAAACGGGAGUGCCCGGAGAAAACUCACGCAGACACAGGGAGAACAUGCAAACUCCACACAGGCAUUGCCGGGAUCGAACCUUGGACCUCAGAAGUGAAAGAUCGUCUUUAAGCAGCUUGUGGACGCAGCAGUCAUGAUGGAUGCUGCAGAUGUCUUCCAUCGUGACAUCAAGAUGGAAAACGUCCUCAUUGACACCAGCUCCGAGGUCCUUCGAGUCUGGAUCAUCGAUCUCGGAAACGGCUGCUUUGGGACCUCCUUGGUGCACAAGAACUUCUUUGGAACCACUGAACUUGCUCCUCCAGAAGUUGCUGCAUGUGGGGAGUACAAGGCUGACCCCGCCACAGUUUGGCAGCUCGGGACUCUGCUCUACGAAAUCCUCCAUGGUGCUCAUUUUGAACCGGAGGAGUUCUUCUUGCAGAGACAAAUUGAUACAAGGCUCUCUCAUGCCUGUCAAGAUCUCCUGAGCGCAUGGCUGAUGAAAGAGCCGACGCCCGGGCCACUCUGUCCCAGCUCCAGCGGCACCCGUGGUUCCACUGAGGCUGCACGGAAGACCUCGGAUCAUCCCAUUUUAUUGAUGAAAUUAAUAAACUGUAUAUAUUGAUGUAUAAUGAUUUUAAACAGUGACUACAUGCUUCGAUGACUUCACGCCGUUUUUAUACUGUAAUGGUCCCUCUGACUUUUUGGUUUUGUUACAUUCAAAAUUUAUAGAAUAGUGGCAACUGAGAACUGUUGAAGAAUAUGCUUUGUA